UGUUGAAAGGUGUGCGCUACUUUGGGUACCACCGGGUCCUGCGCCUUCGACCGCCUGGAGGAGAUAGGUCGCGUGUCGCGCUCUGAGCUGCUGUGGUGCCACGUGGACGCCGCCUACGCGGGCUCGGCGUUCGUCUGUCCGGAGCACAGGAAGUGGCUGAAGGGCAUCGAGCUGGCCGAUUCGAUCGCCUUCAAUCCGUCGAAAUGGCUGAUGGUGCAUUUCGAUUGCACCGCCAUGUGGGUGAAGAACAGCGGGGCUUUGCACGGGGCGUUCAACGUGAAUCCGCUGUAUUUGACGCAUGAAUAUUCUGGUCUAGCGAUAGAUUUUAUGCACUGGCAGAUACCGCUGAGCAAACGGUUCAGGGCGUUGAAAUUGUGGUUCGUGAUCAGAAACUACGGCAUCAAAGGUCUCCAGGAGCACAUCAGAAAGGGCGUUAGGCUGGCCGAGAAAUUCGAAUCGCUGCUGGCCGGCGACGCCAGGUUCGAGAUCCCCUGCGCCCGCCAUUUGGGCCUGGUGGUGUUCAGGCUGGUCGGGGACAACGUCAUCACGGAGACCCUGUGGAGGCGGCUGAACGCCCGAGGGAAGAUCCACUGCGUGCCGGCCAGUCUCAAAGGAAAAUACGUCAUCAGAUUUACGGUGACAUCGCCGAGGACCACCGUGGAGGACAUCGUCGCCGAUUGGAAGGAGAUCGUCACCGUCGCCGGGGAAUUACUCAACGAACGUAUCGGCAACGCUGCUCGAGCCAAAGUACCUCUUGCAGAAACGAGAGACAGGAACGAGAAUUUCGGCACGAGCCUGCUGCUGUCGAACGUGCCCACGUCCCCGAAGAUCGUCAACGGUUCGUUCGCCGCCAUGUACGAUCAAGGCGACGUCAUCGACGAUUUCCUGCAGACCAUCAGGCUGAGGAAGGACGCCAAAGACAGCCCCGCUAUGAGACGUCGGAUCAAGGGGAUUCUGAUGUCCGGAAAGCAGUUUUCGUUGGAUUCGAGGUUGGAUCUGUUCCAUGGGAUCGAGCAAACUGGUAGAUCGGAGCCGCCUUUGGUGGAGGAUUCUAAUGAAGCUGAUGAUACUGUUUUUCUUGAAGGCGAUUUCGAAUGCCUGCAAUCGCCUUUGAGCGAGCCCACGGAUCUGCCAUAUCACGCUCAAAACCGCUCCAAGUCGGUCGACCACCAAGCGGUCAAUUUCAUCGAGAUGAAGCAGAUCUGCGGCAAGUGCGGUCAUCUCGUCGAAGACCAAAAGGAGUAG